AUGUCGAGCACAAAGCCAACCACAAAAACAGCUACAAAAGCAACCACAAAGUCAAAAGAUAAGUCUGACAAAUCGGACAAGGCAAAAACUCAUAAACUCUCUCUGAAAGGUUCUUCGAAACUCGUUGCGGAAUUUUUCCAAUACUCAAUAAAUACUAUCCUCUUUCAACGAGGUGUAUACCCCGCAGAAGACUUCUCAGCAGUCAAGAAAUAUGGCCUCACAAUGCUUGUUUCCUCGGAUGACCAAGUCAAAGCCUACAUCAAGAAAAUCAUGUCCCAACUCGACAAAUGGAUGGUAAAUGGAAAGAUUACCAAACUUAUCGUCGUAAUUACUUCCAAAGAAACCGGUGAAGAUGUUGAACGCUGGCAAUUUGAUGUCGAAAUCUUCAACAAACCCUCCAAGAAAUCAUCCAAAUCUAAAUCUUCUACUACCCCAUCCACAUCUGAAAACGCACCCACAGAGGGGGACGCACCUGCACCCGCACCCGCGCCCGAGAAAACCGAAGCAGAAAUCCAAUUAGAAAUUCAGUCGAUAUUCAGACAAAUUACAGCCAGUGUUACAUUUUUGCCAGAACUAGAUGGCGCAUGCACAUUUAAUGUUCUAGUCUAUGCGGACGCGGAUAGUGAGGUUCCAAUGGAAUGGGGAGAUAGUGAUGCGAGAGAGAUUGUGAAUGGAGAGAAAGUACAACUGAGGAGUUUCAGUACGGCUAACCAUAAGGUUGGAACGAUGGUUAGCUACAGAGUAAUGGAAUAA